AUGUCUUCUUCUAUUAAGGAUAUACAACCUUCUCGUACAAAUGAAAAUGUCUUUUUGUUCAUACCCAAUUUAAUCGGCUAUACACGAAUUAUUUUGGCUUCAUUAUCUUUAUAUUAUAUGCCCUGGCACCCUAAAGUAUGCGUAACUUUAUAUUGUAUUUCUUGUUUAUUAGAUGCAGUCGAUGGUAAUGCGGCAAGAUAUUUCAGUCAAUGUAAUAGAUUUGGUGCUGUAUUAGAUAUGGUGACAGAUAGUUCACAUUAUAUGCACAUGUAUAGUUCAAUGGUCUCAGGAUCCUCUAGUCACAAGAAAAUUAGUGAAAAACAAAGCUGGUAUCUUCGAAUUUAUUACACUAAUAAUAUUGUUUUAUUCCUCAUGUGUGCUGGUAAUGAACUCUUUUUUGUCUUACUUUAUGUUCUUCGAUUUAAUGGUCCUAUAAAUGUAUUUUGGUGGAGUGCUUUAAUUGUGACGGGUAUAAUCUGUUUUGGUAAACAAUUUAUCAACAUUGUUCAAAUUGUCAAUGCUAGUAAGACAUUAGCCAACAGUGACUUGGAAGAUAGAGCUAAAAAAGCAAUUUCAGAAAAGAGUAAAUAA